AUGGAAAUUCCUCAAAUAGAUAUCUCGCCUCUGAUUAGCGGUUAUGGUAAGUGCAUCGUCGUUUAGAUAAACGCUUCAAUGAUUCGCAAUUUUUUUUUCAUUUGUGUGAAAAUCCGUCGCUGACUUUUUAUAACAUACCGAACAUACGAAGGCACAGCAUUUAUCAGAGUGAUGAUUUGGUUAAGUUGAAAAAUCGUAGUUGAUAUUUGUGGCCUGCUGAUGCCAUUCUAGAAAUGGUAAAAUAUCCUAAUCUAGCAUUUAAGACCCCUAUCUGCGAUACAAUGACUGUGACAGGAAUAUUUACACUUGAAACAACAGAUUUCAUGUUCACCUUUUUUUUUUUUAUAUACCUCAAAGGAAAUUACACCGACAAUGAUAAGAUAAUGUUUGCAACCACAGAUAAAGCGCUGAUCAAAGUUUCCAUUGUAACCAUGUUUUAUUUGUCAUCAUGUUCAUCCUUUCAAUCUUUGUUAGUUUUUUUUUGCCUUCAAAAGCUUAUCAUCUCCUGUCGAUCAUAAUCACAGGAUUUGAAGGAAAUCCAUAGAAUCCAUAGAGUAGAACACAUUUCGGUCAUACAUUAACUUAAUAGCUUGGGCUCCUGUUAUUUUUUACUGUUAUUAACGCGCAAUAAUUACUUAAUUAAAGCUAGCUUUUUCAAGUACUUUUCAGAAUUAGUUUUCAAUCAAUAGGCCGCUAAAAGAAGUCGAAAUUAACAUAUUAUUGUAAAAUCUAAAUGAGUGUCGACUAUAGCUUUUACAAAAGAGGCAUAUAUCGUGCUGAAAAGUAUCGUAUUUUGAACCUCUAACAGAUUUGAUUCUCUACCCAGGAGUAUCUGAGGACAUACACGAAGUCAUAGCUCAAAUCAAGGGGGCCUGUGAGGAUAUUUCUUGUUUCUAUAUCACUGGUCACGGAGUGGACACAUCCUUGAUGGCUGAUGUAAUAAAAUGCAGUAAAGAGUUUUUUAACCUGCCAAUGGACGAGAAAUUAAACAUCAACUUGAAGAAAAGUCCUGCAUAUCGUGGAUACAUUCAACUAGGUACUUUAGUUGCAUAUUAAAAAUGACAAUAGAAAUAGUAUUAAAUACCAGUGUGCUCGUAAUUAGAAGUUUCAAUAAGUCGCCACAGAAUUACAUCGACCUUCCCUGUGGAACAAACACUCGUAAGUGGAUACUUCCCCUAAUAGCGGAGCUUCGGAGUGGAUUAUCCAUACUCAAGAAAGAAGGGUAAUUCAUCAAACAGAGAAAAUUUGGUUCUCAUUUGAUGGACCUCAGUCGGUACAGCCAUUUAUGACUAUUUGUCUUAAAACGAACGCAAGCCUGAGAAUCAAAAUGAUACUUUUGAAACUCCUCUUUUCCUACGAAAUAAACUGCAAGCGAGUCGCAAACAUGCUUAGAAUAUCUUAUUUACUGAUUGGACCUGUUAAAAAAAACAUCAGACGCUCCGCUUAAUGGUUCGGAUAAGUAUUUAUAUCAGUCAAUUUUCUCUCAAUAGCUAAAAUUUUUCCUUACCAAUUCAUCAGAUAUGACACUAAUUCUGUAUUUCCCACGGAGGGACUAAAAUCUCUUGAAAAACACUGAAAUUAGUCGUGACAUAGCGUCUUGACUAUGUGGUGCAUCAUGAUACGCAUAUAUCCUAACUCAAAGAUGCCUGCGGGUCCUAGCCUAAAUUUCGACCCUUUGAUCCAUCGGUCCAACGAACAAUUUUUAAUUAAAUUUUCAAUAAACAAAAACGUGGAAGGCAAAGAAAGAUUCACAUUCAAAUACAUUUACACCAGAAUCAAUGCCACAUUUCCAUUCAUGGUACUUACUAAAAAUUUCAGUCUGAUCAGCCUUGAAUUAUAAUUGUUACUGUUUUUACUUUAUUGUAAUCAUAAAUGUAUUAUUAUUAAAAGGUUCUGAGAAGACAGCAAGCAAAAUCGAUAUGAAGGAAGGAAUUUAUUUUGGCCCAGACCCUGGCUCGCAUGACGCUGAUACAACAGCCUUGGAACCUAUGAUGGGACCUAAUCAAUUCCCGGACAACAAACAAUUACCAGGAUUUGCCACAACUAUCAAUGAUUACAUGGACAAGAUGUCCUCGGUAGGGUAAGUACGCUAGUUAGACUUAUUCUCCAUUUCUCCUUGAGGGCUGGUACUGGACAAAUGAUCUCUGUCUUACUCUGCUCGUGUGUCGACAAAUUUAUCAGUUAACUGACUUGUUAAAAUUUUCCAACUUGCUCCAAUAAACUAAUCUUUUUUUUAUUUCAACCUUACUUAGACAUGCUUUGAUGAAAGGUCUCGCUCUUUGUCUUGAACUAAAUGAUGAUUACUUCCAUGACAAAUUCAACCCAGCUUUUCCAAUGAUGGCUCUAUGGCAUUACCCACCCGUCCCUGGAGACUCAGACUCAUGGGGGGUUGGACCUCACACAGAUUAUGGAGUGCUCACUUUAUUGAUGCAGGAUAGCGUAGGAGGUCUGCAAGUCAACACAAAAUGUGGAGACUGGAUUGAUAUUCCUCCCAUUACAGGUAGAUGAACCAUUUAUUUACUCGUGCACUUGCUUAUUUGAUGUUAAUAGUGACAUAGAAGACAAAUUUCUCUCAUAUUGCCUCUCAGUAGAGAUGCUGUUCUGCACCUACGCGUGAGACACAGGUAGAGUUGAAGAUCAAACACGGCAAUCAAGGAUUCGAAAAUUUAUUUGCACGAUAUCCGAUCUGGUCGAACAUAUAUAUAUAUGUAUUUGUGUGUAUGUGUAUAUAUAGUCAACUGAAAUUACAAAAAUUAUAUGAAAAAAUAUUACAAUAGUGUACGUUUGUGAACGCGAGGGCAAAACGAUAAUACGUAAAAUUUGUAUCCACCAGUCCUUCAGUUCCCGGUUAAAUACAGUUCAAACUUCACUUCUUCAAACAAUCGUAGUUCUGAUCUCUCCCUCUACUCGUUAUAAUAUUUUUCGCGUCCUUUCUAUAUAACGUUUACGCAAUGGAGGCAUGUAUUUUCACGAAACUAUGUAAAACAUUCUGCGCGAAAUGCCGAUUGCAUCCAAUGGUAUUCACAAAUUUAAUGUUUCGUGAUAACGUUUCUGAGAAUGCGGAUGAAUUAAUUUUAAAAUUAUUCCGUUAAUGUACCCUCAAAAGGAUAAACCUAGUAAUCGUAACACAAUUACACGAAACUAUGCAAAUAGUCUGCGUGAAAUGCAGAUCAGAUGCUUUAUGCUGUAUUGCUUUAUGCUGCUAAGAACACGAUAAGUUCUGGCAGAAAGAGCCACGGGUAUAGCCUUAUGGUGUUGAGGCUUGAUUUUCCAUAUAUAUUUACCCAUUCAGUCAUUCAUUGUUGUAGGAACAUUUGUGGUCAACAUUGGUGACGUUAUAGAGGCCUGGACCAGGGGAAAAUUCCGUGCUACAGUGCACCGGGUCAGAAAUUCGACAAGAAAUCAUCGAAUAUCAGCACCUUUCUUUUUCCAACCGGGUCUUGACUGCAUCAUCGAGUCUCUUGAUGACGUUUUGGCCUCAGAUCGUUGCCCUGAAAACCCCGGUGGAACUGCCCAAACUGCGCUGUCGCUUCAUGAGCCCUUUAAGUUUGGGGAUUAUGUGUUUAAUAAGUUUCAGAAAUCAUAUGGGAAGGAAGUUUAA